CUAUAUAUACCUCCAUUCCCUCCCCUGAAUCACACAUAAGUAAAGCUGUAACGCCAUAGCAGAGCAGAGCAGAACACAUCUCCUUCUUCGUCCUCCUGCUGCCGUCUAUCUUCCCUGCAAAUGGCUUCACCAGCAAGCUCCGACGUUGUCCUCGAAUUCCCUCUCGUUGUCCGAGUAUACAAAGACGGCCGCCUCGAACGCCUCCAGGGAACCGACACGGUCCCUCCCUCCCCUCUCGACUUCAAAACCAACGUCCAAUCCAAAGACGUCGUCGUUUCUCCCCAGAUCCCCUUGUCCGCCAGGCUCUACCUCCCCCACAACCCCAUUCCUCACAAACUCCCUCUCCUGAUCUACUUCCACGGCGGCGGCUUCUGCAUCGAAUCCGCCGCCUCCCCGCUCUACCACAACUACCUCAACGCCCUCGCCGCCAAAUCCAAAGCCGUCGUCGUCUCCGUCGACUACAGACUGGUCCCGGAACACCCGCUCCCCUGCGCCUACGACGACUCCUGGGCAUCCCUCCAGUGGGUCGCCUCGCACGCCAAUCGGUCCGGGCCGGAGCCCUGGCUCAACGACUACGCUGACUUCGGGCGCGUGUUCCUCGCCGGAGACAGCGCCGGGGGCAACAUCGCCCACCGGAUGGCGGUUCAGGUCGGCUGCGAGAGACCCGACGGAAUUCGGAUCCGUGGGAUUGUUUUGGUUCAUCCGUAUUUUUUGGGGAUGGAGGCGGCGGGGGAUGAGGACGGGAGGAGAGCUAAGGCGGGGGAGCUGUGGCGGUUCGUGUGUCCGGGGACGAGCGGGAGCGACGACCCGCGGAUAAAUCCGGCGACGGACGGGGAUGUUGGGAGGAUGGGGGGAGAGAAGGUGUUGGUGUGCGUGGCGGAGAAGGAUUUUUUAAGAGAGGUUGGGAGGUAUUACGCGGAGGUAGUGGGGAGGAGCGGGUGGAGAGGGACGGUGGAGGUGGCGGAAGAGGAGGGGGAGGACCAUGUGUUCCAUCUGUUCAAGCCGGAGAGUGAGAAGGCGGCGAAGAUGAUGAAUCUACUGGCUUCGUUCAUGAAUUAGGGGUAUUGUUUUUCUUUUCUUCUUGAGUGGGGAUAUCAAAAAUUAAAUUUAAUAUUAUUAAAUAAAUUUUAUGAAUUAAUAAAUAUGAUUAAUAUGAUUUAAAA